UCAUUCACUGGUGUAAACUUAAUUGUAUAUUAAAUAAAUAAUUUUUUAAAUAUUAAUAAAAUUUAAAUCAUGUAGAAGAUAAUUAACUUUUUUUAAUAAUAAUAAUACUAAUGAUAUUUAAAGCAAUAUAAUAUAACAUUUAAAAUUCUCAUGCCAUUACACCAAGUUAUUUAUAAUAUAAAAUUAAUAAAUACGAAAUUACGCUGAUUUGUCAAUAAUUAAUAUAAGUUUUCUUUACGUGUCACAAACUAAUUGGUAUUUAAUAGCGUUACUGUGAAAAAAGUAUAUUUGUCAUCGUGGCAAUAAAUAAAGAAUAAUAUCUGAUUAUACAUGAUUGAAUUUAACAUGGCUGGUUUUAAAAGAAAUGACACCAGUCUAAUUCAAUAUUAUUAUUACAUAAAUAAAUGAUAAUUAAUAAUUAAAAUAAUAAGUAACUUUAUGAAUUAAAAAUUAAUAUAGUUUGAAUUAAUAAGCAAUAACAAUGAGAUCAUCACUGACAUUUCGAUAUUUUAAAUUCUUUGCCGCUCUUGGUACUGGUGGUAUUUUGGCCUGCUGUCUUUUAAUGUAUCUUUUAUUAGAUUUGACAUUUACACCAAAAAAAACUGCAAUAAAAGAUUCUGUUGAAAAUAACCAAUGGCUUCAUCUUGAAAAUAGACUGACUAAGUUAGAAGAAGAUCUGAAUAAUCAUCACAAAGUUAUUGAUUCGAUAAAAGAAGCAUCAAAUUCAAUGCAAAAUAUCCAUUAUUCAAUAAAUAAUAAAAAAACAAACGAUGUUACAUUAUCAAAUAAAUUAUUGACAUGUAAUUUUGAUAUGAAAAAAGCUCCUGAGGUUGAUAUUCAAAUGUUGGAUCUAUAUCGUCAAUUAGAGUUUGAUAAUCCAGACGGUGGUGUUUGGAAACAAGGCUGGGCUAUACGUUAUGAUGAAAAACAAUGGCACCCUAAAAGAAAAUUAAAAGUAUUUGUUGUGCCUCAUUCACACAAUGAUCCAGGAUGGUUGGAUACAUUUGAAAAAUAUUAUAGUCAAAAAACACAACGUAUAUUAAGUAAUAUGGUGAUGAAAUUAGCUGAAGAUAAACGUAGAAAAUUUAUUUGGGCAGAGAUAUCAUUCUUUAAAUUGUGGUGGGAUGAACAAUCUAAAGCAACACGUGAAAUGGUUAAACGUUUAAUUGUUGAUGGACAAUUAGAAAUAGUUGCAGGUGGUUGGGUUAUGCCAGAUGAAGCUGUAUCACAUUGGAUGUCACAAUUAACUCAAUUAACGGUUGGUCAUCAGUGGUUAAAAACAAAUUUAGAUUAUCAACCUACUAGUGGAUGGGCUAUUGAUCCAUUCGGAUUAUCACCUACUAUGCCAUAUUUAUUAAAAAAUGCUGGAUUAGAAAAUAUUCUUAUUCAACGUGUACAUUAUGCGGUUAAAAAACGUUUAGCCAAAGACAAACAUCUUGAAUUCAGAUGGCGUCAACUUUGGGAUACUACCGGAUCAACUGAAAUGUUAACUCAUUUAAUGCCAUUUUAUAGUUACGAUAUACCACAUACUUGUGGUCCAGAUCCUAAAAUUUGUUGUCAAUUUGACUUUUUUCGAUUACCUAAUUUUGGGCUGAGCUGUCCAUGGAGAGUUCCACCUCAAUCCAUAACUAAAAAAAACGUAGCAAUGCGUGCUCAAUUAUUAUUAGAUCAAUAUAGAAAAAAAUCACAACUAUUUAAAUCAAAUGUAGUUUUAGCGCCACUAGGUGAUGAUUUUCGUUAUACUCAAAGCUCUGAAUGGGAUGCUCAGUACGGUAAUUAUCAAAAAUUAAUUGAUUAUAUGAAUAAAAAUGAGCAAUUAAAUGUUGAUAUUCAAUUUGGAACACUGACCGAUUAUUUCAAUGCAUUAAGAGAUGAACAAAAUAUAAAUGAAUUACCAAGUUUAUCUGGUGAUUUUUUUACAUACUCUGAUGAAAAUCAAGAUUACUGGAGCGGAUAUUAUACAUCACGUCCAUUUCACAAAAGACUUGAUCGUGUUCUUCUAGGUGCACUACGUGGUACUGAAAUAUUAUCAGCAAUAGCAUGGGCACGUGGCCAUGAGCAUUUGGCUGAAGGUACUAUUGAGAAACGUAUGAUUGAAGCAAGACAGUGGCAUUCAUUAUUUCAGCAUCACGAUGGUGUUACUGGUACAGCUAGAGACGAUGUUGUUAUAGAUUAUGCGCAAAAAAUGAUAAAUGCUCUCAACAAUACAGCUCACGUAACUCAACAAUCUACAGCACAUUUAUUAAGAAGUGCACAAGGACCAGCUCUACAACAAGAAUCUCUUUAUUUCUCUCUAGACGAAGUUAGAUCUCAUCAUACAAGUAUUGGUGAACGAUAUAUACUUUCACUUACUAGUGAUCAACAAUCAAAAAAAGUUAUUAUUUAUAAUUCAUUACCUCGACAACGAACAAAAGUUCAAACGUUAAUAAUAUCAACACCUUAUGUUAGAGUUACGGAUCGUAUGGGUCAACCAGUACAGUCUCAAAUAUCACCUGUUUGGGUUGGCCCAGCAGCACUAUCUGGUGCAAGAUAUGAAUUAUCAUUUAUCGUAACUGUACCUGGCUUUGGACUCAAUACAUAUUUAAUUCAUUCUGUUUACAAUAAUAAUUUACCUGACAAUGUUCAUUUAGCUAAUGUAACUUUAUUCAAUACAGCAGUACCACCAUCAGAUGUACCAGGAUUUACAAAUUUAAAGACUCUCCCAUCAACACAAGAGUUUUCAAUAACUCAACGUCCAGAUAUUUCAGCAGCUUUUUCAAAAUCUGGAUUAUUAAAAGCCAUACGAAUGGGAGACACGAUUGUUCCAGUACAUUUGGAAUUUGUUAAAUAUGGAACUCAGGGAAUAGGACAUCGAAGUGGAGCUUAUUUAUUUAUUCCAGAUAAACCAGAACCUGAUCCUAUUUAUAUGACUAAUGAUCAUACUAUCCAUUUAAUCACAGGACCUAUUUUGUCAAGGGUUUUUGUACAAUUACCACACGUUAAACAUACUUAUACGUUAUUUAAUUCUCCUGGAAGUGACGGAUUGGGGCUUCAUAUUUCGAAUGAAGUUGAUAUUACUGAGACACAAAAUUUUGAAUUGGCAAUGCGGUUCAGUACAAAUAUUGCGUCUGGUGACCAAUUUUUCACUGAUUUAAAUGGUCUCAAUAUGAUCAAGCGUCAAAGAUUCCCAAAAUUACCUACACAAGCAAAUUAUUAUCCGCUUCCAGCAGCUGGUUAUAUUGAAGACAAAAAAGUACGAUUGACAGUUAUAACUGGACAACCUUUAGGAGCCGCAUCGAUGGCUUCUGGACAAUUUGAAAUAAUGCAAGACCGUAGAUUGAUGCAAGACGAUCGCCGUGGUCUUGAACAAGGAGUUAUUGAUAAUUUAUUAACAAACCAUUUAUUUAUGCUAGUCUUAGAAAAAAAGAAAGAAUCCUGCAGUAGUUCACCAGUGCCUAAUCAUCCUGCAGGAACACUCUCCAUUGGUGGAUUAUUAGCGUCAGAAGAACUUUUACAUCCUCUUGUUGCUAUGUAUCCUCAUCCAUCAUCAGAUAUUGAUUAUAAUGGCCAUUUUUCACCGCUUCGUUUUGAUCUUCCUAUUGAUUUAUCAAUUGUUAAUCUCCGAGUUUUUCCAGUACCUGAAGGUGCUGGUAAAGGUGUUGGUAUGGUAUUACACCGUGAACCUAUUGAUAUUUGUUGGAGUGAAGAAUUAAUCUCAACGCGUUUUAAUAUAUCAAAUAAUGGAGAAAUAAAUCUGACAAAGUUCUUCAAUUUCAUUGAAGACUGGACUAUAAGUGAAGCACCAUUAACUUUUAGUAAUGUAGGUCCUUCUAUUAAAUCACCAACCAUUAAUUUAUGUCCUCACCAACUCUCAGCUAUUUUAUUUCACAAAACACAGUCUUAAAUUGUAUAAAGAUAAUAUUUAUAUUUAUAUUAUUUUAUCAUUAUUGUUUUAAUAAAAACAUUACAAAGCCCCGUUUACAAAAGGAAACAAUUAUUGGAAGAGAAUAA